AUGUCACUCAACGAUAGCCUAGCGGUUACUGCUGGUCCAAGCCACGGGGAAUUCAACGCUACAACACCAAUUUUUCCACGCAUCCCGCUGCCAUUGAUGUCAGAAGACAACAUUGAGGCUUAUUUUUACUCAUUGGAUUUUUGGUUUGAAGCCUCUGGCGUUACAACCGACUCGGCAAAAUUUAAUAUCGUAGCGGCCAGUAUACCGCAGGUAAAGUUAAUGGAGUUGCGCUCCAUAAUAGAUGCUGCGCCCACGUCUGCGCGAUAUCAAUUCAUUCGUACCAAAUUGAUAGAAAAUUUCACUGAGAGCCAGCAACGCCGCCUACAACGUGUAUUGCGCGACAUGCCAUUGGGCGACCGCCGCCCGAGCGACCUGUUUAACGAAAUGAAGCGCGCUGCUGGUUCCGCUCUAAGCGAGAGCAUUUUGCAUGAUUUGUGGGUUAAUCGCUUGCCACAAUAUGCGCAAGCAGCAAUUAUAGCAACCAAUGUACCAAUUGUCGACAAAUUAAAAAUCGCCGACUCAAUAGUGGAGACGAUGCAAAUGCGUGAAGUUCGUAUCCACGAGGUAUCCGCAUCGAAUCAUACCACAGACAACGACCUGAGGACCGAAAUAGCAGAACUGAAACAACGUUUUGAUAGAGUUACGAGCAGCGAGAAAACACGUGCACGUUUCAGAUCGAAAACGCCAGUGCGUCCUCAUAACAUCAAUUCAGGCGAAAUGUGCUGGUAUCACGCCAAGUUUGGACCAAACGCUAAGAAGUGUCGCCAACCUUGUAAGUUCGUUCAAUCUACAUCGCCAAAUGGCAAACAAUAG